AUGGCCUCCCUCAUAAAGUUACUUCUGCUUGUCCUCGUCUCCUGCUGUUGUCUUUUGCCAGUUGUUCACACUCUACCACCAGCGGAUUGUAAGAACCAAGGCGGUGGUAAUUACGGUUGUUUCAACCGAAGUACAGAAGCGUACUGUACACAAGUUGGUAUUUUACCUCCAUCAGGUGAAGAUCGUUGGGCUCUUGCUGGUUUAGAUCUCAAUGUUGAUUGGGUGCUAAAAUGUGGUAAUAUUGUUGCAUAUAAAUUACAGUGGUUUAGUGGCGGAUGGAGUGAUUGGUAUGUUCCUGGCGUCAACGAUAUGGAUGACAAAGUGAACGAUGGAAAUGUUUUGAGAAGAAUGUGGUCGUAUUUCGAUGAUCAUACACAUACGUUUAUCAUCUGUAAGAAUACUCAUUAUCAGCUGGCUAAUUGUGAAGGACAUUGA